UACAGAAGUAUUUUUGAAAACCCAGCGGUGGACCGCUGCCUGAGAUGGCUGGCUCCGGGCGACUGAGCAGACACUUUCAAACGCGCAGGAAAAAGAAUGGCAGCAGUCGACGUUUCGCCCUGAAGGCCAAGCAGGCAUUAACUCCGGUUUCUGGCAGUCAAGCAAAUGGAGCACAUGUGGAGCUGGCUGUAGAGAAAUAUCAGAAGAGUGAGAAAUUAUCCAUUUCUCUAAGAAGUGGAAGAUUGUUCAACGUUGUUGGCAACAUUCUACAGCCAUGUCGGCACAUAAUCAAUCAUAUCUGGACUGGAUUUUGCAAUGUUUUGUUUUUCUGGAGAGUUUAUGCUCAAAGAGUGGAAAUUCUUCAUCAGAAGGUGGAGGAACUUCAGAAUGAAUUACAGUUACUGCGUAAUAAUGCUCUGUUGCCUCCUGUGCCCGGAUGUUCUGACCACCAAAGUACAACUGUCAUACACCACCAUCAGCACAGAUCUGUUGCUCCACCUAUUGCUCUUCUUCCCCCACCACCUCCACCUCCUCCUCCUCCUCCGCUUCCACCACCACCUACUCAGGUGCCAAAGAGACUGCCUUUGAUGCCUAAGAAUAGCAACAGUCACUCCUCAUUGCAGGAGAAGGUUGAACGGCAUGUUGUAGUAACUCUUAAAGACCUGCAGAAAGUGCAGCUAAGGAAAGUGACUGCUAAUACUAGAAUUUCGAUCUCUCCAGAUGGAAAAAGAACCCCUCUUAUCACUCUAGCAGAACUACAAAAAGUCCGAUUAAGACGUGUUCAGUGUAGCUUCCCAUCACCAAAGAAGAUCAGCCAGAGCAGAUCACCAAGAAGAAGCCCCAUGAAACUACUAUCACAACUUAGAAAACUCCAAACUGAUCGAAUUUUGAGUGAAGCAUCGCUGUGUAAUAAAGAAAAUGUGGAGAAUUAUUCCGGGAUUAGUGCAAUAAUGAACAAAGGCUUGGAAAGCAACUGACCACUGUAUUUUUUCCUGUGUGAUCAUAACCACUGAAUGCCAUCAGCUGAAACCGAGACAUCAAGAAAUCAGACAUUUUAAUGAUCUUUGUAUUGUGCUCUCAUUGUUGGACAGUUCCCUCUGUAAGUAUUGGCAUGGCUAGGUCAAAUCCCCUUGUUUUUACCAUACAUUUGGAUUUGAGAUUGAAAGAGGAGUAUGAUUUUCAUAUUCAUGCAUAUGAAUAGCUCCUGAUAUUUCCAUCUAUAUGGGCUAACCAUGCAAAACAUGGUAUCUUUAGAGGCAAACCACACAGUUUUUAUGUGAGCAAAUGUACUAAAGCAAAUAGUCUGUAGUUAAAUCAAAGUAAAUAACAUUUGGAUGCAUUUUUGCUGAUAAUAAAUGCAUCAAGUUGGCAGCCUACUAAAAUCAUCCAGCUGCUGAAAUGCAUGCUCAGUUGGCUUAUGUUCUGCAGUCAGUCUAAAUCCUACCUGCUUUUGUGUUAUGUGAACAAAAGUGUGUAUGUGAAUAAUGAAGACAUUUGGUGGAUACAUUUCUCUGUAAGAGGCAGACAAAAUAUCUGUGUAGACUUCUGAAUUCUUUCUGCUGCUAUCAUCAAGAUUUAUAUAAUAAAUACAGAUUAGUGAGUCUGUUGCAGAGACUUCCAUACAAACCCAAGCCAUUACAGUACAUCCAGCAUGUUUGACCACUGAGGUUGUAUGUUUUGGCUUAUGAGCAGAUCCUUUGUUUUUCCACACUGUCAUUUCCAGCACCUUGGUUUAGUCUUAUCCUGGUGCCUAAACCGCUGUGGCUCUUUUUUUUUUUUUUUUUUUUUUUCUAAUUGUAAUCUAACCAUCUAAUUCUUACUGUCGUUCUUACAGUAGUUUGCAUCUUCUUGUACAACAUCUAUAUUUCUGCCCUUAAGGUGUCAGUUUGUUAUACUGUCAACAUGUCCUGUGUAGGUUGUUGAUGUCAGUGACUGUUUUUUCUCACAACUUACCAUAUUUUUUUAGCAUUAUUGGCCAAACUGCUUAAUGUACAAAUGUUAUCCCACUGCUUUCUUUCUUUAUCAGGACAUUUCAAAUGAUUUUAUUAUUUAUAUCUAAUGUUGAGCAAUUGCUCUGAUCUAUUUCCUCAUUAUUUUAAAGAGUAGCUUUUUUAAAGUAAAGUAUUAAAGUAAAUCGCUUGCAUUUCACCAAUACACAGCUCUUUUUCAUGUUGGUUUCUUCUUCUUUUUUCUUUCUUUUUUUUAACAACAAAUGCAGUCUUCACAGGUAAAGGCCACUUCUCAAUCCAACUAUACAUAUUCAGAGCAAUGUUUGAAUGAUUAACCUAACAGUACACCUGGGCAACAAAAAACACCUGUCAGACAUGUGUCCCAAAAUAUGGGUUCAAAUAAAAAGUGUAAUGUUCUAAGCAUCUAGAUUUAAAUAUUAAAAAAAUAAAAGGUGAAAUUUUGAUUAUGAAACUGA